CUCCCGAAUUAUUUUUGUUUCUUGUUUCUUCGGACGACUCAACAAAUUUAUAAUCAGUACGCGUGUAAUUGCAAAGAAAAUUACCAAUUUUAAUCAUUUCAGAACAAUUUUUGAGAUAACACGAUACCUGUUUACGACUGUUUAUUAUACCUCCCAGAAUUGGUGUGAUAUAGUGGAUUCAACUUCGCAUGACUAUGAACGAUUCAUCAGGCGCUUUCGCAAACGAAUCCUUCAACGAUCAAUUUCUUCAGCUACCGCACGAAGAUUUUGCCUCGUACUGUCGGUUAUGCUUUUCCAUCUCCCAGCUGGAACCUCUGCUAGGGAAUGGUCAGGAGGUAAACUACCAGUUGCUCAGCAUAAUCGAAUUGUGCACCGGAAUUAAACUAACCGCCAGGACGGACAGUCCGUCGUCGCUCUGUCUCCAGUGCCGGUACAUGAUGGACGAAUUCUACAACUUUCGGAAGCAAUGCCAGCGCUUGAACCGGGUGUACCAGCGAAAAAAGACGAAAAUGAAUGGAGUCGUGUCGGUGAGUAUGGGUUACCAUCACGAAGAGAAUACAAGAGGCGAAGCUGACGUGUAUAAGCAGCAGGAUGUUGUACCGGAAGUAGCACCCAAUCCACCUGCUUCAGCGGAGCUACCGGACGAAACAUGUGCAACAGUAGUUGCCGCGGAACCCUCGGCGUUUGAAGCCUCGGUAGAUGACGACGGGAAUUCAGUUGAUCCCGAAUCAUUCACCGUGCAUGAACUGCCCGAUGAGAACGAAGAUGAUGUGGAAUGGAUCGGCGUUGAGGAAACCAACUCGAACGAUGUGGAAAUGAAUGAGCAACACAGCGACACAUUCAGCACAAUGGCCAACGAUUGGUUCCGGUGCAAGUUGUGUUCAGGCAUGUACCAGACGUUCGUCCAACUGGCGAAGCAUCUUCGUGAAGUACAUCCGGAGGAAGCAAGAGCCUUGCGAGAGUUGGUAAAGGAAUCAUAUUAUAAGGUGAACGUCAACGAACUGCAAACUGUUAAGUUUGAAAAUCAAGUCUUCGUAAAGUGUGACCUGUGCGAUACGCUGCUGGCCAGUGUGCUGGCCGUCAAGCGACACCGCUGGCGGUAUCACGGUCUGUUUAACGAUUGCCGGGAGAUCCACUGCCGAGUGGCGGGCUGCAGGAGCUUCUGCAUGGAGAAGAAAGCACUGAAUCGGCACCGAGAGAUAAUACACGGACAUCAGCUAGCAAAACCCUGGAAGAAGAGGAAACUACCGGUGGAAGCAACCGCAGCCGAAGGGGACGCUUCUAACGGCAAUGCAGACGACGACGAUGAUGUGGUGUUCAUUUCCAAUGAUAGCGUUCCGGCGACGAAGGAUCCACUGAUUAGUGAUCAGUGAUUGACUUUAAUAAAUGUUAGUUUUAUUUUCAAAUAUACUACCGUGGAGGGCCCAUAUUCUGCGCACCUAACACUUUUUCAAUUUCAAUCAGCUGUAACAAAUUCCAAAUCAAACCAUUUUGGCUGAAUUUUUGACUGCACAUAGUUAUUAGCUUUGUAAAUAAGGGAAAAAUAUAAUUCUUAUACAAAACACUCAAAUUAUAUGUAAAAUCAUGAAAAUUCUAAAGUGUGUCUUUGUUCCUAAUUCUGCGCACCCUUUUUUGGAAUGUUCCUUAUUCUGCGCACUAAUGUUCCUAAUUCUGCGCACAUGGGAAAAACUCUAAAAAGAUAUCAUAUUGCAAUGAGAACAUGAUGCAUAGAUGGAAUUCAAUUGAAUACUUCAUUUUCAACUUUUAUACGACAUUACGACCACAUUAGAACUUUGCAUGUCCCCAACAUUGAUACUACCUACUUUGGUUACUAAGCAAAGGGAAUUUCAAUCAUAAUACACGAAAGGAUUUUGUAGCAUUAGCAUUAUCGAAUACUACUACGUAAAGCUUUUUAGUUAUCCGCAUAUGCACAUAUUAGUAAAAUUUACUUUCAUUUCUAAAGGCAAUAUAAACUUUUUCGCCAUGACAAGGUGGCACAAUCUUUGUUUGCAAACUGAGACUUCUUUCUUGUCUAACUCCAGGGUUUCUACUGAAAAUUUCAUGUAAACUCACAUCAUAUAUCGCAUUUGACGAAUGCUGGCACGAAUACAUAAAAUUUGCCCCGAGGUUGAUAGAAAAUGUUUGAAACAAGUGGUUGUUCCGGCCGAACUAUCAGAUCAAAAAUGCAAGAAUCGUAAACUAGCCUUCGAAGUUUAUAAACUAACUUGUUGAGACGUAAUUACAUUCACCGGAUUGCUAGAAACAUAGAAUAUCCUAGUUACAACUAUGGUGGCAUUUAUAUGAUGUUUGUUUAUUAAUUAUAUGUUAAAAACUUAGUGUUGAAAUGUCUGCACAGAAUUAGGACCACUAUUUAAUACCGGUUCCUAAUUCUGCGCACCUAAGAAGAACAAGAAGAUUAAGAAAAGAAGAAGAAAACUCAAUUGUUUUUUGGCGAUUCUGAUUCCUCGAAGACAGCAGUACAGGAUGCGCAUGGGAAAGCAGACAUUCUCUUCAUUAUUUAUGUCCCAAAAUGCUUCAGCUCACGAGGCAACUUUUUAGCACCUUCGCUAACGUACACAGAUUUCAGGCAAUUUCCAGCACUUGCAACAUCAUUUUAUUUUUUUACAAAAUAAUGGUCGUUGAUUUGAAAAAUUUUUCUUCACAAACUUUUUCAUUACUAUUUAAACAAUAUUCAAAAAAUAUAUUUGAAGCUAAUAUUGAACUAGCGUCCCUGAUUUUGUUGUAUAUUUGAGAAAGUGCGCCGAAUUAGGGACUGCGCAGAAUUAGGGCCGGUCACGGUAUAUACGAUGAAAACUUUUUUCGUUUAUACCCUGGGUUUUUAUUACAUUUAUCAUAUAACCUCUACAAAAUCUUGGCAAAUGAUUAUUGAAAUUCAUAUGGGACAGUUAUGCGAUCAUAGGCAGGCAGAGCUGUUGUUACUAGUUUUACUGUUGUGUUACAUGUUCUAUUUUAACUUGUAAAUAUUGUCCCAAGUUAAAUAAACAUUUAUAGUGCUCUGGCGUAAUAGAACAUCAAGAGAUCUCAACAGGCAUUUUGAUGGCCUACAUUCAGAUCAUUUCGGGCAAUGAUUUACUGUGUAGACCCUUCCCCAACAGGGAUAUUAAAGUGUAGACGCCUCUUAUUAAAACCCGUUUCUGUGUGACGACCCCUUUAGGAUUAUAAAUUCCUAGACAAAACUCAUGUACCUCCCGUGGUAUGGUAGUCUGAAGCACUUUCUUCUCCCGCCAAGAUAUCCACAAAGCUACCUGGAGAUCACCCGAUCGAUCAUGUUCUAAUCGACGGUAUAUUCUUCUCAGAUAUAAUCAAUGUCCGCACCUACCGCAGUGCAAAUACAGAUUCGGAUCACUACCUAGUCGGUGUAUGCAUGCGCUCAAACCUUUCGACAGUUAUUACCACGGGUCGAAAUCGAACACCGCGGGCCGCGGCUCAACAUCGAACAGCUGCGUAACGUAGUGACUACGCGCAGCAGCUAGCAGUGGCCCUACCAACGGAAAAGCAGCUUGGCGCAGCUACCUUUGAAGAUGGCUGGAGGGACAUCCGACCCGCCAUAGGUAGUACCUCGGCUUCAGCACUAGGCUUCGCAACUACGAAUCACAGAAACGACUGGUACGAUGGCGAAUGUGAAGAGUUGAAAAACGAGAAGAUUGCAGCAUGGGCGAAAUGUUCAGCAACACCGUACGAGGGCGAAUGAGGCACGUUAUAGACAGGCGCGGAACAGGCAGAACUCAAUCUUCCGGAUGAAGAAGCGCUAGCAGGAAGAACGAGAUCGCGAAGCGAUGCAAGAGCUGUACCGCGUUAAGGACAUACACUCCCGUUCAAAAGUUUGGGGUCACCCCCUCAAAAACAUGUAAUUUUUUUAGGCCCAUAUCUCCGCCAAUUUGCGUCCGAUUUCAAAACCCAAGAUUUCAUUCAAAAGAUAAUAAGUCAAAGAAACUUUGAACAUGAUUUAAAAGAAACUUUUUCGAAAAAUUGUGUAUGUAAACAUAACCCAAAGUUGCCAAAUUUUCUAAAAAAUGAAUAUAAACUUACGGCAGUGUCGCUGGAAGUUGGGUAGACCAAAUUUUAAGAUGAGAGCGGUAAUAUGACCCAUUUUCUAUUAGCUUUCAACUGCUUUUUACAGAACUUAGCUAAAAAAUCCAGAAAAAAAGUUAUUAAGUAAAUUAAUCCUUGAUGUCAUCGACCAAAAGUUUGGGGUCACCCCUCAAAAUGCUGUAUCGGCCAAAAGUUUGGGGUCACUAUCGUAAAACAUGGAAAAGUGAUUUGUUGAUAUCUUUGUCAUCUUUCAUUCAAUUUUAAUUCUUCUUGGCUUAUUUGAAACAAAAUGAAUGAUACUUACUGCAUAGACAUUGAACCACACAUAUUUGUUGAAAUUUACAUACUAAAACUUAACGUAAAGUUGCCUCAUUUUUUGAAGCGUGGUAAAAUGUGCUAACUUUACAUAACAUUUUUAUAUACAAAAAUCGUUAAAUACGUUAAGUUGAAGACAUCAAACGUAAAUUUAGUUUAUUAUCUUUGAAAUGAGCCAAAAAUAAUUAAAAUUGAACUAUAGAUGACGAAGAUAUCACCAAAUUACUUUUCCAUGUUUUACGAAAGUGACCCCAAACUUUUGACCGAUACAUCAUAUUGAGGGGUGACCCCAAACUUUUGGUCGAUGACAUCAAGGAUUAAUUUACUUAAUAACUUUUUUUUCUAGAUUUUUUAGCUAAGUUCUGUAAAAAGCAGUUGAAAGCUAAUAGAAAAUGGGUCAUAUUACCGCUCUCAUCUUGAAAUUUGGUCAACCCAACUUCCAGCGACACUGCCGUAAGUUUAUAUUCAUUUUUUAGAAAAUUUGGCAACUUUGGGUUAAGUUUACAUACAAAAUUUUUUGAAAAAGUUUCUCUUAAAUCAUGUUCAAAGUUUCUUUGACUUAUUAUCUUUUGAAUGAAACCUUGGGUUUUGAAAUCGGACGCAAAUUGGCGGAGAUAUGGGCCUAAAAAAAUGACAUGUUUUUGAGGGGGUGACCCCAAACUUUUGAACGGGCGGAAGUUCUACGAGAAGCUGAACCGCUUGCGCAGGGGCUUUGUGCCACAAGCCGACAUGUACCGAGACAAUCACGGGAAUCUUCUCACAAGCGAGCGUGAGGUGGCGGCAGUAAUACGAUGAGCACCUCAAUGGCGUGGAAACAGAUCUAGGAGUAUACUCAGAAUAAAUAACACAUUAAAUUUAAAAGUUCUGCACUUAGAUUGUGACCAAUUGCUUUUGCACUUGAAAAAUGUGUGCAGCGCUAUCAAAUUUUUGUCGAUUCAAUCAUGAUAGAAUUUAAGUGCGUCACUUUUGGUUUUUAAUCGUUCACCGCAUAGUUUACAUUGGAAAGAAUAAUACAGCUAUUUACACGUGGGAUUGAUUUUAAAAUAGAAAUAAAUGCCAAAGUUGAAUAAUCAGUGAUCGCGCUGGUUUUAUUUGUUAAACAAUGCUACACGCUAACCUGAAACUACCCAUCGAUUGGGUCGAUUCUACCCGGAUUUUUAUGUUAUUCGCAGCUGUCAAAAUCUGGGUAACGGAUCUCACACCAGAAGAGUAAGGUUUACUCUGAUUGUGGGUAGAGGGGUCUUCGCGGAAAUCUCGAUACCCAUUUUUUUCUUGUUGUUAGUAAGACGUCAAAAUCUGGGUAAAUGGGACUUGGGACAAUUUUUUUCGCAUUGUUCGCGGCGGAGUUCAAACCGAAAAAUGAGCGGCCACGAAGGAACUUUGGAUGGCGGAAACAGCAACCUGCUGACUGGUGGCAUUCUGCGCCGCUUGCCGACUGGAAAAAAAAUGGCAAGGUUAGGAGUAGUCGCGGGAGGAAGAAGCCCGAUGCUGGAUAAACGAAUUGAACACCUUCUGCAAUAGUCAAAGGAUCUGGCCAGCUUGGCGUGAAAAUCUACACAAAGAUGUAUGCAGGCUACCAAAUUCAAAUAUGGAUCAUCUCCAUCGUCGAACAAGCCAUUCUGCGAUAAAUUCCUUUAUAUUAGUGAUAGAAAACUGAAGACACUAAUAAAUCGCCAAUGAGUUUUA